GCCGCGUCCCCCUGCGCCGCCCCGGCCGCAACAGCCGCCAUGCCCCCGGGGCAGCUGUGCGCCUGGCCGCCCCGCGCCGCACUCCGCCUGUGGCUGGGCUGCGUCUGCUUCGCGCUGGUGCAGGCGGACAGCCCCUCAGCCCCUGUGAACGUCACCAUCAGGCACCUCAAAGCCAACUCUGCAGUGGUCAGCUGGGAUGUCCUGGAAGAUGAGGUUGUCACUGGAUUUGCCAUCUCUCAGCAGAAGAAGGACGUGCGGAUGCUACGUUUCAUCCAGGAGGUGAACACCACCACCCGUUCCUGUGCUCUCUGGGACCUGGAGGAAGAUACAGAGUACAUUGUGCAUGUGCAGGCCAUCUCUAUUCAGGGCCAAAGCCCCGCUAGUGAGCCAGUGCUCUUCAAGACUCCACGAGAGGCUGAGAAGAUGGCCUCGAAGAACAAAGAUGAGGUGACCAUGAAGGAGAUGGGGAGGAACCAACAGCUGCGAACAGGCGAGGUGCUGAUCAUCGUUGUGGUUCUGUUCAUGUGGGCGGGUGUCAUUGCCCUCUUCUGCCGCCAGUAUGACAUCAUCAAGGACAACGAGCCCAAUAACAACAAGGAAAAAACCAAAAGUGCGUCAGAAACCAGCACACCAGAGCACCAGGGUGGGGGGCUCCUCCGCAGCAAGAUAUGAAACCUUUUCAGUGCUUGCUCUGAGCAGCUCAGAAGACGGUAGAAAAUGUGGGAGGAUCUCACAGUUCUGACGAUGAUUAUCCAACAAACACCCGGCCCUCUCUGCAUCUCCUCCUUCCAUCUUGUAUCCUGGCUUACUGUCUUCUCUCUUGGCUUGUCUCUUUCUGGUCUUUUCCCGAAGCCUCUUAUUAACUCCUAUCUUCAGAAGCACCUCAACAAUGUCUGUGGCUGAGGCUGUACCCAGAGGCAGAUCUGCAGGAUGUGAGAGGACCAGCCAGAGGGAUGUCUCUGCUGGGGGUAGACUGGGGACCAGGGCUCUGGGCCCAAGACUCAGCCUUGGCCACUCCUCUGAGCCAGGCCAAAGGCUGGGUAUGAAAAGGCGGCGAGAGAGACCUCCAGGCAGGGCUAUUCUUUUCUUUCCACAAGGGACAAGAGCCUGGCCUUUAGGUUGUAGUCCUGUUGUUCCCUCCCUCCUCCUGUCCUGUUUCCCACCUCGCAAGAAGUCUAUUCCACUAGCUCUGGCCACUUCUCUCAUUUUUUUCCUCCCAGUUUCCAAACAAGCCCUCAGUGAACAUCAUCGAAGCAGGACUGCAGGGAGAAGGACUGUAUUUUUCUUCUCUGCUUGUCCCUGGGUCUCUAGAAGGCUGAGGGAAGCAAUGGCGGCACAGCUAGCUGAAGGUCUCCCUUUUCCUGUCUUAAUCUGAGGAAGAAGGCUGAACUAUAAACCCACAUUCUGCAAAAAAAAAAAGUAAAAUACAUAAUGAUAAAAUAAGCCACAAAACUAAAAGGCCUGACCCCAUUCUGGAAAAGGCAAAGCUUCAUGAGACACAGCCUUCUGCCUCCUCGCUUCUCCUGGACUGGCUUCCUCUUUGAGAACCUGCACAAAUCUCUGGGAGAGGACAAGCUACGAAGGUUGACUUGAGCUGUGUCUUUCAGACCAAGGAGCACCAGGGAAGUCAUGGGGCUGACAGCUUUGUAGGGUCACCACUCCAUCGAGCCUUUUCUGGAUCCAGCCAUUAAGGACUUUUGUGGUGUGAUGUACACCUUUUCAAGUGUGUAAGAUGUUACCUGUUUUGUCUCUUUUGGAAAAGAAAAUCAGAGGGCUGUAUUCCCGAGGGUGGAGGGUUCUGCCAAGACCUGAGCUGGUUGCCUGCAUCUUCUACCUUCUAUGACGUCCUUUGACAGGAAGAUCAUUAGUUUGAGGUCUUGAGAAGACCUGGAAGGUACUGCUCAUUUGUAAAGGAAGUGUCUCUCAGAGCUGCAGCAGUGCCAGCUUGGAUAACUGAAAGGGCACAUCUACGUCCUACAUCCCAGAGCGGCAACUGCUGGAAGGCAGGCCUGAGUUGUUCAGCAGACAGGCAGAGCAGUCUUGCUGUCACUACUGGCCUCUGGGGUCCUCACAGCUCACCAUCAUUCAGGGUUCUAUGAAAGUUAUCCAGGGUCCUCGUGUCCUUCCCUGGAGCUCGAGUGGUGCGAAAUAACAGGUCUCUCUCUACUGCCCCUUUCUGGUAAAAAAAAAAAAAAAAAGGUGCUCGAUGAGGAAAGGCAGACUUCUCUGGGACUACUGAUACACCACAUGGCUGCCAAAUGCCUGCAUGGGAAGAGAUGGACGCUACACCUUCCACUGGCCACGGUAGUGUGGAAGGCUGCUCCUACCACAAGGCUAGCCCGUAGUAGGUGCUUGGUAUACAUCUGUUACACUGAAUGAUGAGUGCUGGUACCCAAGCCAGAGAGCUGAAAGCCAUCACCCAACGACCGCCCCUUCCUUCCGGUCUACAACAGCUCUCAAGGUUGAGUCAGCCACCACUCUGCUUGCUCCAAGUGUGGGCAGCACUAGGGGAGGAGAGAUGGACGAAGGGCAGAUGUGAGCAGCACUAAGGGCUUCCUCCUGGGAGGGCAUGAGGCUCCCCUCAUUGUCUUGUGACUUCCAUCCCUGCUGAAUGGGGCUGCAAGGCCAAGCAAGGCUCCUUAAGAAAGAGGUCCUUACCUCUGAUCCAGUUAGAGCAAUAACCACUUUUUAAGUGUAAAAUAAAAAGACAAAUGAAAAGGCA